AUGUGUCCACCUUACCACCUAUCUGCCAUGUGUCCACCUUACCAUCUAUCUGCCAUGUGUCCACCUUACCACCUAUCUGCCAUGUGUCCACCUUACCACCUAUCUGCCAUGUGUCCACCUUACCAUCUAUCUGCCAUGUGUCCACCUUACCACCUAUCUGCCAUGUGUCCACCUUACCAUCUAUCUGUCAUGUGUCCACCUUACCACCUAUCUGCCAUGUGUCCACCUUACCAUCUAUCUGCCAUGUGUCCACCUUACCACCUAUCUGCCAUGUGUCCACCUUACCAUCUAUCUGCCAUGUGUCCACCUUACCACCUAUCUGCCAUGUGUCCACCUUACCAUCUAUCUGCCAUGUGUCCACCUUACCACCUAUCUGCCAUGUGUCCACCUUACCACCUAUCUGCCAUGUGUCCACCUUACCACCUAUCUGCCAUGUGUCCACCUUACCACCUAUCUGGCAUGUGUCCACCUUACCACCUAUCUGCCAUGUGUCCACCUUACCACCUAUCUGCCAUGUGUCCACCUUACCACCUAUCUGCCAUGUGUCCACCUUACCACCUAUCUGCCAUGUGUCCACCAAAAUUUUUCAACCAUGUGCAAUAUAACCUAUACAUGUGCACCUAA